CUGCCAAAAAUGUGAUCAAGUGCUACCACUUUCAAUGAAAAGCUCUAACAAAAUCACAGGACUUGUGAUUUUGUGUUUCUUUUCAUUUUAACCGGCUAUUUAAACAGCAAGUAAAUGGUGUGGAUAUGGAAAAUUUGCUCGGCUGGGUUACUGAGCCAUCAAAUGCUCAAAUCGGAGAGACCAUUAAACAAUUGGCAGAUCAGCUAGUACUCAUAAAUCACACCUCGUCCGAAUUAACUUACGAUACCAGAACUCCGCCAAAAAUAAAACAGCAGAUUAAGAAACCCCCGAAAAAGGAAUCGGCGGUCACCGAGCAUUCUCAUCCAGGAGUUGUCGAGCCCGUUUCAAAUAUAGAUUCAACGUGGGAGGAAAAUACAAAGAAAUUAAAUUUCUACAAAAUUGAAAACAAACCCACUACCGAACACGGUUUGUCUACAUGGGUCUUGUUGAACAGCCAAACCGUCUCCCCAUCGAUUACAUCCACACCAAAGUCUACACCAAAACCUACUGUAAAGCAAAAAUUUGAAGACAACAAAAAUUUAACUAGAACAGAGAUUUUUAACAAGAUAACAAAGCCCUUGUUCAAAAAACGACCCGCACCAUCAACAACGAAAAAACCAACAACGGUAACCACGCCGGCAACCACAUCAACCACGGAACAAAAGAUUACUAAAAUCAAAGCGUCUAUCUUAAAUGAAGCAAUAAAUAAUAAAAAUAAGACCAUUAACAAAAAAGUGCAGGAGAAUGAGAACUCUUCGUUAUCAACGACCAAGUUACCAACACCAAGUACAACGCCAAGCGACAAUUCGUUGUUUUCUCUUGAACCAAAAGACGACGAGGUUGAACUCCUUCUAACACCUCCCUCUAAGAAAAAUAGAAGACCCUCAAAUACUACCAAGAAGAAGAAGAACAAAACGAGACGCCGUCGUCCUGCAGCCGCAGAGAAAUUAUCACUCUCCAACAGCACAAAGCUAGCACCAAAAGACAAACCAAUUGGCACGCAAAUCUACAAUUACCUGUCCAGAGAAAUUAUGCCAACUGUUGGAGUUGGCCUUGUUGGUCUAAUGGUGACAGCAGGACUCGCCAGUUACUUCCUUUACCCAUUCACCCCGGUGAGGAGAUCGUACCAAGUUGACCGAAAAGACAAUAAGGGUUCGUAUUACUACAACGACGAGUAUACUCCUGGAGGUAUCACCGAAGAAGAAGCUAUCGGUAAGGUGAUAGCCGGAAUGCCAACAACCUACGAAUCGCAAAACUAUCGAAACACCUUCAAAGGUGGACAGCAAACCACGAAUCGCAAAUCGAACGAUUUCGGCCUUCGGCGCGGACAGUCUGAGGCAUCGGUCGAGGCCAUUUACUUGACACCUUCGAAAAAAUACGACGAACAGCUUUAUUUCGCCAAUCGUAGAAACGAACCCGACGUGUACAACUCACAAUUCAUGCAUAAAGACUUUGUCACGGAGAAGACUAAAUCGCACUCGGAAGUGACACCGGUCGUCGUACCCGAACACGGACCUCGACACUUACCCAAGUCGACAACGGCAAGUGACAUCGAGGGGAGGGUUCACUCUCGAAAACGGAGAAACAGUGACUUUGAUAACGAAAUUUUUGACCACGAUGAAGAUAUCAGACGUGGAAGACCCGAAUCCACAACGUUUGCGACCACGGUUCCCAGUAAACCCCAAAACUUCUUGCACACUUUAAGACUUUUAUUCGAAGCACAAAUAAAACUCGGCUUGGAAUUUUUGCAAAAAACCUCGCAGGCGGUUGCAAAAUACUUUUCCGAUGUUCACAGUCGAUUUAAUGAGAAGAGUAAGGAGCAGCCAAGGGCUCAGUAGCUUGUGGAAUUCUAACACCGAAAUAGCAAAUGUACUCCAGAGAAUAAACAAAUGAGGACAUUGGCGUAUUCUUUGGCGUACGUUGUAAAGCUUAGGGAAGGUUGUAAUGGUUAUUUAAUAAUUUAUUAUUUUUAAUUUGUGCCUAAGACUGUAUAUAAAUAAAGUAUUCAUAAAUAGUGUAA